AUGCCGGUCGACCGCCGGCACGGGACGUUGAUGAGACAAGACUCGGUCCGUCGUUAUAUUGAGCACGAAAAACGAGGGACAAGACGAAAACGGAGCGGAGAGCUGCGGUAUUUGCACGCCGAGAGUCAGAAAGAAUUUCGGUUUCGGCAAUUGUCAAGCGGAAGUCGAUUUGGCAAAAUUAUCGUCACCCUCGGCGACGGGGAUUCGAGUAAAAACGAAAAAAAUGCGAAUACGUUCAGAAGAGCAAAAAUAAAUAAACAGUCAAGACCGACUACGAAAACACAACAAUAA